AAGUGGUGUAGUACCAAGUAACCUCAACUUAUCAACAUCGUGCGAGUGUUUUCUCUUUCAUCUGCAUGUGGUAGAUAAUUUUAUUGCAAAGCAGCAACAUUACAAUUUUUUUUUGCGCUCACCAAAUAGAAAAUAAAUAUAUAAGUAACUCUGGAACGUGUUAAGCAUUUAAGUGAACACAUUGUGCUCUUUGGUUGGUUUUCCACACACAAUAACCGAUUGAAGUUUAAGAACAGUCUUAAAUAUGCGGCCAAAAUAAUAAAAAAUUCUCGCAAUAGCUGACUGAAAGCAGCGAUCAAUUUUCAAAUUGAAACAUUGCAUCGAUUUGUGUUUGUUUGCGUGUGAGGAGGAGAGAGAGUUUAUAAUUUUUAUAAUUUUGAAUUCGGCGAACUCGGAAUUUCCAACAUUCAUACAGCAUUUUUUUACUGCGUUUACUCGAUUUAUAAAUCCGUCGUCGUUGUCUACUAUAAUCAUUCGUUCUUUCUCUUUUUUUCCUACCUUGCUCACAAACGCGCGCGUCUAAUUUUGUAUACACAAAAUAAAUAAAGAAAAUCAACGAAAAACACAAUUUUUAGUUGGCAUUCGAUCAUAAAAGAAGAAUCGUUGUUCAUUUUUGUUUUUUUGUUCCCAUUGCGAGUGUAAGCGAAUAAAAGUGGCCAAAUUGAAUUGUGUAAAUAGUAUUCGAUAUACAGUGCAUUUUCACGUGAAUUAAUGGGACCUAAAAUGCCAACCGUAUCGCUGGUCUGUUAUAUGAAAGAUAAACAGACGGACGGUGACGUUUCGUCGGCAAUUCGAAACACAUUGUCGGCAUCUUUGAAUAAUGGAACACAUAACGGGCUAAAUUCAUUGUCUGGCGAUCCAAAUAGCCUUCAAAAUCAAUUGGUCGCAUCAUCAAAACUAGCAUUAAUCUCACCCGUCGACUAUGAGGAAGUGAACAAUUUCAAUAAUCCCGUCCAAGAUCUUAAAUCAAAAUAUAUUGUGUUGAAACCACAAUCAUCGUCGUCCGGAUCUAAUGCAUCGUCAACAAUCACAUCAAAUGGUUCAAGUGCCACCAAUGGUAAAAUUCUGGUCAAUGGAUCUGCCACAGAUAAAUCCAGCAAUGGAACAGCUACCGAUAAAAAGGGAGCCGAAUUACCAACACCAAAACAUAUUUUAUAUUCACGUGAAAAGGUUAAAAUCGGAUGGAAGGGUACGGAUCGAAAAUGGGCGCCAGGAGCUGGUAUGAUAAAUGUUGGUAACACUUGUUACUUAAAUUCAACAUUGCAAGCAUUAUUUCAUGUGCCUGCAUUUGCCAAUUGGCUUAUGUCCGACUAUAUGCAUCGGGAAACAUGCGAAGAAAAAACUGGAGUUCAGGGUGGAUGCAUCAUAUGUGCAAUGUCGAAAACGUUGAUGACUUCACAACAGAGCAAUGGCUCGGCAAUUAAACCGUAUUUGGUCUAUAGCAAAUUAAGAAUAGUAUGUAAGCAUCUUGUACUAGGUCAACAGGAGGAUGCGCAUGAAUUUCUGCGCUAUUUAAUGGAAGCAAUGGAAAAAGCGUAUCUGUCACGAAUUCAAAAAAGUUCACAAUUAGAUCAAUACAGUAAAGAGACGACGCCAAUCAAUCAAAUAUUGGGCGGCUACCUCAAGACAUCCGUACGAUGUUUAUCGUGUGGCCACGAAUCGGUUACAUUUCAACAUUUCGAAGAUUUACUAUUGGACAUACGAAAAGCAAAUACAUUAGAAGAAGCAUUAGAUUUAUAUUUUGCACGUGAACGUUUAGAAGAUAUGGGCUAUAAAUGUGAAGCGUGCAAGAAAAAAGUAUCGGCAACAAAACAAUUUUCACUGGAACGAGCACCAAUAUCGUUGUGCAUACAGUUGAAACGUUUCUCAAUUGUUGGCAAUAAGCUUAACAAACACAUUGCAAUUCGGCAACAUUUGAAUUUUUCAAAGUAUUCAUCGCGAAAAAAUUCCAACGAAACACUUCAUUAUCGUUUAGUAUCAAUGGUUACACAUUUGGGUGCAUCACAACAUUGUGGCCAUUAUACAGCAAUCGGUCUAACCGAAACCGGCAGCUAUUAUCAAUUUGAUGAUAGUUAUGUUCGUCAAAUUCCCGUAUCAAAUGUGUUGAACACAAAUGCCUACAUCAUAUUCUAUGAGCUCGAUACAAAUGGCGACAAAGGCUAUACGCUCGGCACGCUCGCCGAUAGCAAUCGAUUGAAUGCAAACGACGAACGAAUUUCACGCACUUUUAUUGACACAAAAGAAACAUCAACGUCAAGAAAUAAUAUAACGACAACAGUGACAAGUGGCAGUAGCAAUACAACAACAAAACCAUUCAUUGGACCGAUGCUUCCAAGCAAAUUGAACACAGAAACCAAUUCAGACAGUUCACAUACCUCAUACGCCAAUGAUAAUACAAUGAAUGAGUCAAUUUCAUCAAAUAAUAAAACCACCACAAAUAAUCAUAAGAAAAUUGAAUAUAAUAGCCCAUACACUAAAUUGACAAGCAAUGGUGCUAGAUAUGUUACCAAUCAUACCAAUCACGGUUCGGAGCAUAAAAACGGUUCCGAUGAUCACAACACCGAAACGUCUGCCAAUAGCAAUUAUGUACAAAACAAUGGAUACCUGCACAGUUCCAAUUCGAAUAGCAAGGGUGGCAGCGGCGGCAGCGGCGAUUGGACAGACGAAGACGAUGACAUUGAUAAUGUUGAUUUUAAUGGUGAUGACCACAACGAUAAUAAAAAUCGACAAAAUAAAUUUUCAUUAUCGGUAAAAUCUGAUAGUAAUUGGCGUACACACAAAGAAACACUGCCUAGCAUGCCGAAAUUGGAAACGAAUGAAACCACCAAUCAUAGCGAUAAACACUUAGAUAGCAAUACAUUUAAGGCACGACCACUUGCAAAUGGUACGUCCAAACCGCAGACUUAUACAAAUGGCAAAGCAGGCCGAUCGAAUGGCAAUGAAACGGACACCAACUCAUCGGAUGAUGACGAUGAUGCGGAUAAAAAUGGUUCAAUUGUGAAAAAGAACACAAAAAAUACGCUCAAAUCGAUAAAUUCAACGCCAGUUUUGCUUGUAAAUGGUACCAAUAAAUUCACAUCGAAACGUUUGGUUCCGUACGAUGACUCAGAAUAUGACAGUGGCCCCGAAUCGCCGCCCGAAGUCAAAACGAAAGCUGGAACUUUCACAGUGACAACAAUAAAUACACCACCAGUCGUAUCAUCGUUUCUCAAAAAUUCCGUUGAACGAUCACAAUCAAAAACACCGUCACCAGCCAGAAUCGUUGUUCAAAAUCAUGGGCUAUCAAACGGAGCAAAACUGUUGUGCAAUCGACGUGAAAGUGAUAGUAAUAUGGUUGUUAAAACGGCCGCCUCUACAGUUAAUUCAAAUAAACGACCGAACGAAUGGCAUGGAAACGAAACCACACACAAACUCAUGAAAUUCAGCCAUCGUGGAUACGGUGCUUCGGUGUCAUCGUGGAACGGUCAAAAAAGUACAAUGGAAAAAGAGGUGGAUGAAGAUAAGAAUGAAGAAUUGAAGCGUCAAACAUUGAAUGCCGGCGAUGCCGAAAUGGAUCGCGGACAUAAGAAGAAAUUAGGUUCAAAAUUGGUAUUUGGCCGUGACAAUCCUGGCUACAAUCCAUUCCAAGAGCAUCAAAAUCAACGAAAUCAAUGGACUGUUUCGAACGGUAAUAAUCCAACGGCACGACCAUUUAAACCACAAACAUACCGACAAAAUCCAAAACAUAAAUUCCAUAAACACAAUCGAAAUGGAAACAAUGGCAAUCGUCAUUUUGGAAAUGGUUACAGACAACACAAUUUCAAUCGACAACAAAACAAAUAAGUACCCGUUUCCUUUUACCCGUCCCACUACAGCAUUGGCCAGUGAGUGACUGCUAUUAUUAGAUAGAUAGACAGAGAGCGAGAGAGAGAGAGAGAGAGAGAGAGAGAAAGAAAGAGAGAAGAAAACACAACAUAGAUUUUUUUUACGCAAAGAAGCGAAGAGAACAUCAAUUCAUUUUCAAAAUGCCGAUCGUAACAAUGAUUUGUUGAAUUCUAAGUCUUGCGAAACAAAUAAUAAGAAGAAGAAGAAAGAAGAAAAACGAAGAAAUUACCACAGAAUGAUAAAUAUACCCAAUUUAGUUAGAUAGACCGAUGCAUUUCAAUUAUAUGUCCCCGACAAUUGCAUUUAGUUUAUUCGAUUAGCAAAGUUUCACACACAAACAAACUCAUACACACAUACAAACAAACUAAUCAAUGUAAUUAAAGAAAUCAUAAGGUACAAGAAUUUCUACGGUAUGACGAAUACUUCUAGACAAAAUGAAAUUAAAAAAAAAACAUAUUUUACCGUAACAUUCAAAUAAACCAACAUUUUCAUUAAAAGAAGA